GCCAGUUCUACUUCUGACACCUCAUUCCAGCCACCCUUCUGCCUAUGAUGAGAGCCUCCUGCAGCCUCAGCCAUAGUCCCACUGGGGGUCCUUGGGCCCAGGACAUGCGGUGAUCUCAGAACAGGGGCAGCCACCACCACCCAGGCCUCACCAGCCAUGAACGCCCACCCCAAGGAGAUGGUGCCCUUCAUGGGCAGAAGAGCCACCAUUGCCAGUGGGAGUCCUGCCAUCAUGCAGGAGAAGAGGCCGGCAGACAUCACCCCCACCAAGAAGAGUGCACACUUCUUCCUGGAGAUAGAAGGCUUUGAGCCCAACCCCACUGUCGCCAAGACCUCUCCCCCCAUCUUCUCCAAGCCUAUGGACUCCAACAUCCGGCAGUGCAUCUCUGGCAACUGUGACGACAUGGACUCCCCACAGUCUCCUCAGGAUGACGUGACAGAGACCCCGUCCAAUCCCAACAGUCCCAGUGCAAACCUGGCCAAAGAAGAGAGGAGGUGCAAAAAGAAGCGGCUGAAAAAGCGCAUCUUUGCCGCCGUGUCAGAGGGCUGCGUGGAGGAGCUGCUGGAGCUGCUGGUGGAGCUGAAGGAGCUUUGCAAGUGGCGCCAUGAAAGUGAUGUGCCUGACUUCCUCAUGCAUAAGCUGACGGCCAUGGACACAGGGAAGACCUGCCUGAUGAAGGCCCUGUUAAACAUCAACCCCAACACCAAGGAGAUCGUGCGGAUCCUACUGGCCUUUGCUGAUGAGAAUGACAUCCUGGACAGAUUCAUCAAUGCUGAGUACACGGAGGAGGCCUACGAAGGGCAGACGGCGCUGAACAUCGCCAUCGAGCGGCGGCAGGGAGACAUCACCGCGGUGCUCAUCGCGGCUGGCGCCGACGUCAACGCCCACGCCAAAGGGGUCUUCUUCAACCCCAAGUACCAGCACGAAGGCUUCUACUUCGGUGAGACACCCCUGGCCCUGGCAGCCUGCACCAACCAGCCCGAGAUCGUGCAGCUGCUGAUGGAGAACGAGCAGACGGACAUCACCUCCCAGGACCCACGGGGAAACAACAUCCUCCACGCGCUGGUGAGGGUGGCCGAGGACUUCAAGACGCAGAAUGACUUCGUCAAGCGCACGUAUGACAUGAUCCUGCGGAGGAGUGGCAACUGGGAGCUGGAGACCAUGCGGAACAAUGAUGGCCUGACGCCGCUGCAGCUGGCCGCCAAGAUGCGCAAGGCCGAGGUGGGCGAGACUGGGAUGGGGGCUGUAGGCACGCUCCCCAAGGGGCCCUAUCCUCUUGCCGAAAGCCCCAGGCUCCUGUGGCAUUUGGCUGCUGUCUGGAACCGACACGAGAUGCUGACCCUGGAGCCCCUGCACACGCUGCUGCAUACGAAGUGGAAGAAGUUUGCCAAGUAUAUGUUCUUCCUGUCCUUCUGCUUUUAUUUCUUCUACAACAUCACCCUGACCCUCAUCUCCUACUACCGCCCCCGGGAGGAGGAGGCCCUGCCACACCCCUUGGCCCUCACGCACAAAAUGGCGUGGCUGCAGCUGCUAGGAAGGAUGUUCGUGCUCAUCUGGGCCAUGUGCAUUUCUGUGAAAGAGGGCAUCGCCAUCUUCCUGCUGAGACCCUCAGAUCUUCAGUCCAUCCUCUCGGACGCCUGGUUUCACUUUGUCUUUUUUAUCCAAGCUGUGCUUGUGAUACUGUCUGUCUUCUUGUACUUGUUUGCCUACAAAGAGUACCUCGCCUGCCUCGUGCUGGCCAUGGCCCUGGGCUGGGCGAACAUGCUCUACUACACGCGGGGAUUCCAGUCCAUGGGCAUGUACAGCGUCAUGAUCCAGAAGGUCAUUUUGCACGAUGUCCUGAAGUUCUUGUUUGUAUAUAUCGUGUUCUUACUUGGAUUUGGAGUAGCCCUGGCAUCGCUGAUCGAGAAGUGCCCCAAGGACCAUGAGGACUGCAGCUCAUAUGGCAGCUUCAGCGAUGCGGUGCUGGAACUCUUCAAGCUCACCAUAGGCCUGGGCGACCUGAACAUCCAGCAGAACUCCAAGUACCCCAUCCUCUUCCUGUUCCUGCUCAUCACCUACGUCAUCCUCACCUUCGUCCUCCUCCUCAACAUGCUCAUUGCCCUGAUGGGAGAGACCGUGGAGGACGUCUCCAAGGAGAGUGAGCGCAUCUGGCGCCUACAGAGAGCCAGGACCAUCUUGGAGUUUGAGAAAAUGUUACCAGAAUGGCUGAGGAGCAGAUUCCAGAUGGGAGAGCUGUGUAAAGUGGCCGAGGAAGAUUUCCGACUGUGUUUGCGGAUCAACGAGGUGAAGUGGACUGAAUGGAAAACUCACGUCUCCUUCCUCAACGAAGAUCCGGGGCCUGGGAGACAGACAGAUUUCAACAAACUCCAAGAUUCUUCCAGGAGCAACAGCAAAACUACCCUCAAUGCAUUUGGUGAAAUCGAUGAAUUUCCGGAAACGUCAGUGUAGAAGCAGAACCCGGAGCUCGUGUGCGAGUGGGCUGUCUGAUGCUGCAGGCUGGGUCAUGGACUCGGUGCUGAGGGCUUUGCAGGGUGAUGGAGCCUGGUUCUGCUAACAGAGACAAGGAAAGCACCCUCAUGCUGAGCAAGUGGCUGAACCCGGGGGCAGCUGUCAGUUUGCCUGAGUGGGAAACAGCCUGGAUUUUGUCACUCAACAAAGAGCUUGUAUACACGCACGGCCGGCAGUCCUGACCCUGGAGUCCUGGGAAUCCCGAAUUCUGAGUGAAGUCCCUGUGUUCCCCAGCUUCAGGUCAAUGUGGCUCGGAGAGAAGGUUGGCAGGGAAAGGGUGGGGAUCGGAGGAGCAGGGAGAGGAGUCUUCCUGCCAACAUCGUGACAGCUCCCACCCCAGUGCACACAUUCCACCAUCUCCCCUACUAUGACUGGGUCUCCUGGAUUUAAGGGACUCUCAAUCCCACCCCAGGGGCCAGACGGGAAUGAGUUUCUGGAACCUUCAGGGAGCAGGAAUACAACCUUGAAAUGAGUAGCCUUGGUACUCAAGGUUCAAACUGUCUCACACUGAGAGGUGUUUUUAGUAGAAUAAUUAACACAGGGCUUUUCUUUUCAAUAGAGAAAGAUCAUUUCAGUUUUGCAUGAAAAUUACUUCAGAUGAAGUAUGUGAUUAUUAAAAUCUGAGAAGUAGAUUUUGGGAUUUGGGGCUGGGUGUAAGUAUUAUAUACUUGGCCUUGGGGUGGCCAGAACAAGGGCAAAAAGCUUUUCUUUAUGCACAUAGAAGCCCACAUGAGACACAGCAGGCAGGGCCUGCGAUCUGGGUGAAAGAUCUUGGCUCUUUGCCUUGUCCCAGCCCUGCCACAGUGCGUGCUUCCAAGCUGGGAUUGUGGCUUUAUCUGAAACAGAAAUGGCAGCUGCUCUGUUUACGUGGUCUUGAAUCUCAGAGGUUACUCCUGUACAUCAGUAUUUCUCAUUGGAAGAAUUUAACAAAAUACCUGAAAUACUCUGGUAGUAACUAUUUUUGUUAACUGUGAAUUUUGAAGCAGAGGAAAAGGCGUAUGAAAAAGCUGAAGCAGCUGGUUGAGCACUUACUGGGAUGUUGUGAAAGAUCACAACUGGAUGAACUUGAAGGUCCUUUCAGCCUGGAAAUCAGCAUCCUGCAUCUGGAGU